AUGUCUCGCCAUCAUCCCGACCUAGUAAUGUGUCGCAAGCAACCCGGCAUAGCAAUCGGCCGCCUCUGCGACAAGUGCGACGGCAAAUGUCCUGUCUGCGACAGCUACGUACGCCCUACCACUCUCACUCGUAUCUGCGACGAAUGCUCCUUUGGCAACUACCAGAACAAAUGCGUCGUCUGCGGCGGCGAAGGCAUUUCAGAUGCUUUUUACUGUUUUGAGUGUACCAGGUUGGAAAAGGAUAGGGAUGGAUGUCCCAAGAUUAUCAAUCUGGGCAGCUCCAGGACGGAUCUGUUUUACCAGAAGAAGAGUUUUAGGAAUCAUUGA